AGUUGUUUGGUAAAAUUCAUAUAAAUUGGCAACACUGUUAAGAACCGUAUUCCGUACAUGAAUAGAAUGUAAGCGUUCUGAUUGGUCGACGUCCGAGUUCUAUCGUUUGUUAUGCAGUCGGCUUCACUGAUUAUAAAUGGGCGUUUUCGUUUUCUAGUGUCGCGUCGCAUCGCUUGUUUUCAUUGUGGAUGGGGUGUCCCUCCCUCCCUCCUCCCGUAUCCUCGUUUAUUGUGUGCUCAGCAGGGUUCCCUUGAACUGAGAUGCUGAACACGAUUGAUAGUAUUUAGGCGAAAACAUUGGAUUCUCGUGUAGUUAUGUAGAACGCUUUUCCGCAGCGCUCGCGAUAUCAACAUUGACUUUGUAUCGUGCAGUACGAGACCCUUAUUUCUAGUGAACCUGUCACCAAUGGCUGAUUCACAGACCACCUCUACACCCGAUCCAAAGUUGCAUUCCCAACGCACAUCUGCUUCACUUUCAUUACCUGUACUGAGGGAGGGUAGUAUUGUGUUGGAGAGGAAACCGCCUCAGACGGGGGAGCCACUCAGUCCAUUACCAACCAAGCGCACACGCACCUAUUCAGCAUCGGUGAGAGCAAAAUCUGGACCAGUUUUCAAGGGAGUUUGCAAGAACUUCUCAAGGUCACAGGGUCAUGGAUACAUUCGACCCUCCAAUGGAGGUGAAGACAUUUUUGUUCACAUCUCUGAUAUUGAAGGUGAAUAUGUACCAAUGGAGGGAGAUGAGGUGACCUACAAAGUGUGUCCUGUUCCUCCAAAGAACAUUAAAUUUCAAGCUGUUGAGGUGGUCAUCACCAACCUUUCUUCCGGGAGGAAGCACGAGACUUGGUCUGGGCAAAUUAUCAGCUCUUAGCUUCGACUUUCAAUGGCCAGCAAAAGAAUAACAUUCAGAGAGAGAGAGAGAGAGAGAGAGAGAGAGAGAGAGAGAGAGAGAGAAUGAAGGAAUAAGCUAUGAAGAGAAACAGACAAAAAGAAAGUUGAAUGGUUUAACUUAAAAUGUGGAUUGCUGCUCAUGCAAGACGGAGUUAAAAGUUUACAAUGGUGUUAUGUGUAUGUAGGAUAGGGAUGGAAUGGUAAUUAGGGUUAUGCAACUGUUAUUUUCUCAAGCCUGGCAAGUAAGCGAUAGAAAGUUGGCAAGGAGGUCUGUUUAAAACAUGCUUUGAGAUCUGUGUCAUCUGAGCUUUAACCGAACAUGAUAUAACUGUGACAAUAAAAAGCAGCAGUGUUGCCCUUGUUUUGAAUUUUGACAUAAUACACAUAUUUAUGUAUUUAUUUUAAUUUUAUGUGUUAAUUCACCAAUGUACUUUCAUUCCAUUUCAGUGAAAUUUAAUAUAAAAGCCACAUCAUAAUACAUUUUCAUUUUUUAAUUGUAACCAAUAGGACUUGUUCCUAGAUUUCUGUAAGAUACAAAGCCACAUUCACAAUAGUGAAUUUUGCCAUCAGGAACAAUGGUUAUUAUGAUCAUUCUAAUAAAAUUAAUAUAAACCAA